AUGGGAGGCGCUCUGAGGAGAAUUGCUACAAACUUUAAUGUGGAGAGCAGGGCACAUCGUUUACUGGACCAGCAGAAGCCAAGACCUGCCCCGAAACAUCCCAAGACAGCUGAUAAAAUAGCCCAGUAUCAGAGAGAAAAUCCUCAAGUUUUGAAUCAGCAAAAGAGAAAAGAUGAGAAUCUUCUUGGAAUGCUGAAAGAUGUCAAGGUCAUGUCUCAAGAGGUUGCAGGCAAGCGUUUGAUGAAUGAAGCUGAUGCUGCCGAAUCCAAGAAGAAACCUCGCCCUCUACCGAAGAAUAGAAAGUCCACUCCAGGCUCACCAUCUGUGUUCUUAGAACCUGAUGAAAUACCAGAAGGGAGACUAUCUGUAGAACAAGCAUUGGAACUUUUAGCCAGACACAAAAGGAACAAAAAGGAGUAUCCUGCAGAAAGGUUAGCUCAGGACUUCAAGAUGGACCUAGAGGAUACCAAGAACAUCCUGGAAUACUUCCAAUCUUUCAAGGUGAUACCGGUCAUAGAUGGCAAGGAUGUCCCUCGCAUCAAAGGCAGCUGAUGAUCUUACAACACCUGAAGUAACCUUAGUGACUGAAAUGUUUGGGAUUGAAGAAUUGAUUGCCAUCUCUGAUGGAAGAAUACCAGGGUGUAGAAUGUGUCCUCACUGCCAACAGAGUGUGAGAGAUGAUAGACCCCUGUCUUGACUUUGGUCAGCAAAUAUGCCCGGAGAUGCCACUUUGUGACAUGAAAGUUGAUAAAUAUACUAAAAUAGAGUAUUCUUUUCUAAUCUUGAAUGGUUUUUCAUGAAAUAUGAUAAUGAAAUGAUUAUAAUAUUGGCUACCCUUGAUUGGUAUAUAGGAUGUAUUGCAUUCAGCUUGCAAACAUUGCAUGAGUCCUAGAUGAGUGCAUUCAUCAUUCAACUGAAUGUCGUACAGUUCGGAAAACAAUGAAUAGAUCACUUUCCUACCAAGCUCCAAUAUGGUAUGGUCUAAUAAUUAUUUCCUAUUAAAGCUGUAUAUGAACACAUUAGGAACAGCCAGUAUUAUUGUCAUUCAACAACAAUCAAAAUACUGUAAUUCAUCAUGGAUAUUGGCAUUGAUGUUCAAAUGGAAUAUAUUAACAUGUCAAAUAAUGUAUGAAAACAGUAUUUGAUCUUUUUCUAUAAAAAAAAAAUCUUCAUUCAAAUGAGAUCAACCAUCAAGGCACUCUUCGUAAUUAGCAUCCUCAUCUUAUCAUGGCCGUUUUAUAGCUCUGUCUAUUCAAAGGAAAGAAUUAUUGCCAUGCAAACCAAUUCAUAAAAAAAACCUUGGUAUAUAGGGUUGUUUGGGGGUGGGGGGAAAUAAAUUUCACUAAAUCAUUUGUUUAGGAUUCUCAUCAUCAUUCUAUAAUAGUGUAUAGUACCGUAAUCCUUGCCUAUUGAAGAUGGUCCCAAGGUGAAAGGUUGGUCUACUUGUAGAUGGUCUUAUGAUCAGAUCAUCUGACACCAUCAUCUUUUGGUUACUAUCAAUAUGGUUUAAUUACUACUUGGUAAAACAAGUUCUUGGGUAUAAUACUCACUUGGUCUAACUACACGUCUCAUUUGGUCUAAUGCCUGGAUGAUCUAAUUCCACUAUGUCAUCUCAUUAUAUUGUACCUUUUUCAAAUGAAAAUUUGGUUCAUACUCAGUGGCGUAUAUAGGGGGGGGGGCAACAAAAA